AUGCGGUCUCUUCGACCGCUCCUCUGGCUACUUCCAGACGAGGUCGUUGAAUUUCGGCAGGUCGAAGCGCCUCUUGUUCCUGAGCGAUUUUCCAACCUCGAGUCCGUGAUGUCUAUUACUGCUGCUCUGCAAGUAUCGCACUUCGCCCGCUGGAAGUACUACGCCUCCAGAAUACGGGUCCUAAAAUUUUCCAACCAUAUGUUCGAGAAGUUGCGUUUCCGAGUCGGCCGCAGCGUCUACGAAGCCCUCUUAUCGGACAACCCCACCGGCGCGCCGCUCCUUCCCAAGCUGCGCGAAUUGAGGGCGCUUAAUCCCGACGACCACACUCUUCUCCGUCUUUCCCUUAAUCCCAACAUCAAGCACAUCGAUAUUGACGGCGGUUUCAUGCUCACGCCAGACCUUCAAGACGCGAGGACGUGGGACCAUCUGAUGGACAUCCUGAAUGAGAAUAAAAUACCUGCGACUGUGCGCGAGCUAUCCAUUGCGUUACGGUGGUCCUGGCAAGACUUGACAAUGCCUCUGCCAACCUCAGUUUUCGCGCACAUCCUCAAAUACUCACGUCUUUCCAAGCUGCAUCUUCCCUCGUUCCAACUCAGCGACAUUUCAACACUUUCUCAACUCGGCCAGCUUCCUCUCGAAGCAGCGACGUUGAACCUUACGAUUUUGGCCGACAUGCAGCUCCCUCCUGGUUGCUUCACAGCUCUCAAAAAAGCCACCAUCAUCGUCAAUGAUUCAGACGUACUAAUAGGACUCGUGCGUCAAUGGGACACAGAAAAUUUGGAGAGCCUCAUCAUACGACGUUUUCUCCGGACGUUCUUUUGGGACGUGAACACCAUACUCAAGUGCCUCCAACAGCAUCUCCCCUCUGUUUCUUUACGUCGACUCUACAUUUACAGCAGCGCCCCGGAAAGCAGCGCCCCGUUCGACGAAAACACUUCUGGCGCUUCCAUCACCGAUCUCGAGCACCUCUUCACGUUCAGAAAUCUCACCUCAUUAACCAUGAGUGCAGGAGGGCCGUUCUCCCUGACCGACGCUGACCUGAUGAAGAUCGCCGCAGCUUGGCCUCUCCUGGAGCAAUUUAUCGCAUACGAACGCGAGGUCAGCGCCUGGCCUAGCGUAACGCCUACUGGCUUGGCGUCGUUCGUCGGCGCCCUUCCCCACCUCACAGAUGUUAUCCUUCGUUUCGAUGCCACAGCCGAUUUUCUUGCGCUCGAGAGCGUGGUCCCGCACAAGAGAGUCACCACAUUUGACGUAUGCACCAGCGUCGCUGUUACCCCCGAGCGACUUACAGAGUUCAUGCACAAGCUGUUCCCGGCCCUGGACUGCAUUGGGUAUGGCUGGAGCUACCUCGAUCGCUGGGCAAGUGCCUCAGCGCCUCCGAUCUACGAAAGUGAAGAGGAAUUCGAGGUAGGGACGGCGUCUCUGGCGUGCUGGAAGAAGGUGCAUGAGUCCUUUGGCAACAUACCUUCACUGAUGUGGUAG